AAGGCAGCAGGAGUGCCCACUGAUUAUUCAAUGGUGUUCAGUCAAGCUAGGGCAAACAGAAAGACUCAGAAAACUGAUUUAGCUGAAGUCAAACGUUUAAGCCUUGGAAAUGAAAGGGAUAACCUAAAUGGCAACCAUCGUCAUGGAAAUGGACAUGGUCAUACACAUGGUGGUCAUACACAUACACAUGAACAUGGGCAUGCACAUGGACCUGGACCUAGUCAUAGGCAUGACAAGGAAGAUCCACCUUUCACAAGAAAACCUACAAAGAUGUCUGUGCCUCAAUUUGGAGGGUGGGAACACAAGGCAGCAGGAGUGCCCACUGAUUAUUCAAUGGUGUUCAGUCAAGCUAGGGCAAACAGAAAGACUCAGAAAACUGAUUUAGCUGAAGUCAAACGUUUAAGCCUUGGAAAUGAAAGGGAUAACCUAAAUGGCAACCAUCGUCAUGGAAAUGGACAUGGUCAUACACAUGGUGGUCAUACACAUACACAUGAACAUGGGCAUGCACAUGGACCUGGACCUAGUCAUAGGCAUGACAAGGAAGAUCCACCUUUCACAGUGAGUCCUUAA